UACAGAUUUAACCAUAUGGGUCAUAUUAUAACUAUUUUUCACCAUGGAGGUCGCUUUUAUAAAGGUCAAUAUGUGUCGAAAUUGGGAAACAUCGUUUUCAGCAUACAUAAGGACCACUUCUCUUUGACCGAACUGAAAUCGUAUGCAAAAGAUAUUGGGUAUGAUGAAGUUGAUGCUUUUUUUACUGAAGACCCUAUAACCCAUAAUUUUGUUAAGUUAGAAAGUGAUAGCCAACUAUAUAACUUUGUUAAAGAUUUGUGGAGUGGGUCAUCUAUUAAGUUGUUUUUGAAGCAUGUGACUGAUAAAGAAGGGGGGUCCACUACUUUGGGACAAUUUUCUAUUGAAAAAAAUAAUCAAGAAUUGGGAAAUUGCUCUAGGGUUUCACACAGGGUAGGUGAAGUUGAACAACCAUUAGAAGAAGGUGAUUCUCUUGACUUUGAAGAGGAUGACUUAGAUGAUGUUCCAGAUCAGGAUGAUAGUGAAAUUGAUGAAGAACUGAUAGCUUUUAGAGAAAAACUUAGCGAAGACAAAAAGAAUGAAUCUGUAAAGAAAAAAAAGAGAACUAAAAAACCCUUAAAGGAUCAAAGUGUUGAGCUUGGAGAAGUUGGCAUAGAUAAGGGAUUUGAAAAUAUCUUCAACAAUAAGGCAGCCAAAUAUAAUGGAAAAUUGGGAGGUGAUGAAGUGUUUAUUGAUUCAUCAGAUGAACCAAGUGAAGAUAGUGAUGAGGAGCUAGAUGUUUUAGCACAACCAGGUGUUGAUUUACCUUCAAGAAGAAAAAGCAACAAACUGAGGUAUGAUUCUUCUUCUUCCAUUUCUUUCUUUGAGUUGGGUAUGAUAUUUGAGAGUGCAACUCAAUUUAGAAAGGCUGUUGCUGAUUAUGCUGUUCAACAUAAGGUUCAGUUAAGGCUUAAACCCAAUGAACCUCAUAGAGUUAGGGUAAAAUGUGAAGGGAAGUGUAAAUGGGAAAUCUUUGCAAGCUUGGAUAAAGAUUCUGGAAAUUUUUUUGUAAAGAAAUACUAUCCUGCUCAUAGAUGUAUUUCAAAGAAUAAGAACAGGUUGUGCACAGCCAAAUAUGUGGAAAUGAAGAUGAGGGAUAGAAUAAUAUCUCAGCCUGACAUGAGAGUUCAUAAGCUUCAAGAGACACAAAGAAAAGAAUGGGGAUUAAAAGUAGGAAGAUCAAUAUGUUACAGGGCAAAAAUGAAUGUCAUUGCCAAGUUCUUGGGUGAUUGGAAACUUGAGUUUUCAAGGUUGUUAGACUAUGCUGAUAUAAUUAAGAGUACAAAUCCUGGGAGUUCUUGUUGGGUAAGAACUGAUAAUGAAACAGUCCCUGGCUUACACUUGUUCAAAUAUUUUUAUGUCUGUUUUGCUGCAUUGAAAAAUGGAUGGCUAGAAGGUUGCAGGAAGAUUAUAGGAUUGGAUGGAUGCUUUUUGAAGGGUGCUUGUAGAGGAGAAUUAUUAGUGGCUGUUGGAAAAAAUGGAAACAAUCAAAUGUAUCCAAUAGCUUGGGCUGUGGUUGAUCAAGAAACUAAACACUCUUGGAGUUGGUUCUUAAGCUAUCUCAUUGAAGACUUGCAACUUGGUGAUGGAAAUGGCAUAACAAUCAUGUCUGACAUGCAAAAGGGUCUUGAGGUGGCAGUGGAAGUCUUACUUCCUAAUGCUGAAAGAAGAAUGUGUGCAAGACAUAUUUGGGCAAACUGGCAAAAAAGAUGGAGAGGUGAGGAAAGGAGAAAAGCAUUUUGGAGAUGCUCCAAAGCUAGUUUUGAGGUUAAAUUAAGAGAUGAAUUUGAAUAUAUGGGGAAAUUGGGUCAUAAAAUAUGUGAGGCAUUGCUUGGAUAUAACAAAGAAUAUUGGUGUAGAGCUUUAUUUAGUGAAAGAUCAAAGUGUGAUGUGGUGGAAAAUAAUAUGUGUGAAACAUUUAACUCAUGGAUUGUUGGUCCUAGACACAAAUCUGUGAUUAGUAUGCUUGAAGAUAUUAGGCAUAAAAUGAUGGAUAGGCAUGGAGAUAUGAUUAAGUUUGCAGAUACUUGGAUCAGUGACAUUUCACCUAUGGCAAGACUGAUUUUAGAAGAAAAUAAAGAGAUUGGCAGGGCACUAAAGGUGAAUUGGAAUCAUGACAUUGGAUUUGAAAUCCAAGAAGGAGAGUAUAGACACAUACUUGACAUGACUAAAAAGACAUGUAGCUGUAGGUUGUGGCAGUUGAGGGGCAUACCUUGCCAACAUGCAGUUUGUGCCUUAUAUCAUAUUGGGCAAGAACCAGAAGAUUAUGUGGAACAUUGGUACAAAAAAGAUACAUUUCUAAGUGCAUAUUAGUACUUUUUACAACCCAUUUCCA